AUGGCUCACGGUCCUACAGUUACAGUGUCCCAAUCAGAAAUGCUUUUGGCAAACUACUCAAAAGAUGAGGUAAGGAAAGUGAUAUUUGCAAUCACUGGAAAUAAAGCACCAGGACCGGAUGGCUAUGGGAGUUAUUUUUACCAAGAAAAGUGGACUAUAAUUGGAGAUGAAGUUGCUGAAGCUAUUUGCUCCUUCUUAAAGACUGGGCAGCUGCUUAAAGAGAUCAAUUCCAUAGUGAUUACACUUGUUCCUAAAACCAAAUGCCCGAAUACACUGGUCAUGACAUGUAUAAGAACACCUCGUUUUUCACUUAUGAUUAAUGGGUCGCUGCAUGGAUAUUUUGAGGCUAAACGAGGGCUGCGACAAGGGGAUCCGAUGUCACCUCUUAUUUUUGUGUUGGGAAUGGAAUACCUCACAAGAAUAAUGCAAAAAGUGGGACAGAAAUCUGACUUUGCUUAUCAUAACAGAUGCAAGGAGCUGAAGUUAAAUCAUCUAAUGUUUGCUGAUGAUGUACUUCUGUUCUGUAAUGGAGAUUAUAAGAGUAUAUGUUAUCUACUACAGGGCCUCAAAUUAUUUUCGCAAACAUCAGGUCUACAGCCUAAUGCUUCGAAAUCUGCAAUAUUUAGCAGUGGGAUGAGCUCAAAUGAGGUGCAGCGCAUAUUGGAAGUAUCAGGUUUAGGAAGAGUGAGGUACCGUUCAAUUACUUAG